GUGGGAAGAAUCAGCAUGAUUUUCUCAUCGUCAUUACUGCAAGGAAAAAUCUUGAUUUUUUCAUUGAUUUUCAUAAUACAAUUAUUCGAAAGUGUUUCUUUUGUAUUCGGCAAGGUUUCGGAUAACAUUGAAAUUAUUGAUGAUGGAUAUACAAGUUUGUAUCCACCUGUGGAUUUAUCUAGUGAUAUAAUUUCGUUUAUAUGUGCAAUACUGUCAGCUGCCAUGUCCAUUCUAGUCUUUGUCAUGAUUUUAAAAAAACAUUCCUCGAUCUUUGGUUAUUGGAAACGAGCCGAAAGUGAGAAAUUAGAUAAGAAAGAAAGAGAAAGACAAGUAAUUGCCAAGGAAAAGAGACAUCUCAUGAGAAGAGUCUUACUUUCUCUCUUAGUUUCGGAUAUAGUUUGUUCCUUUAGUAGAAUUUCGUAUAUUUUGUUUUGGUGGUUGUGUACAUUAAUUACUCCAGAAACAAUGUAUUUGAAAUCACUAAUCCCAAUCAAUGCAAAUCAAACAACUUCAAUAUUCCAUGAUUCGUUUGACCUUUCCAAUAUCUAUUCGAAUCUACAAAAUUCCACAACUCUCAAAUAUAAGGCCAAUUACAAUCUGAAACCAGUUCCACUCACCAUCCAAAAAUUCCUUGCAGAUCUCUACUAUUCCUUCUCAAUUUCAACAGCUGCCUGGUGUGUAAUCAUUGCCUACGUUGUCUAUUCGAUUACAAGUCAUUCGAAAUGGAUUGAGGAAGAUUUUAAUUUGAUUCGUGAACAGUUACAAACAGAUUCUCAUACCAUUACACGAAAUACAGCUCAAUUAUUUUAUGGAAAUAAUGCGAGUGCUGACAGUGAUGAAGAAAUUGUUCCAAAAUUUAAGCCAAUUGGAGAUUUGAUGGAAAGUAGUGGAAAUUCAGAAAUUGAUUCAUUUUCGUUUAAUACAAUGCCAAAUCAUGAUGGAAAUAUUGAAAAUCAAUCGUUAAUUUAUGAAAUUCCAAUCAAGAGCUCGAAAAGUGCUGAUGAAAUUUUGUACUUUUCUGCCAAGAGAAGAAUUCUUUCGAGGAGAAAUGUUUAUGAAUUAAUGUUUCAUUUGAUUGCUUGGGGAUUUUCGAUAUUUACAUUCCUUUUUGUGUUUAUUUUCAGGACUAUUAAUAUUCAUGCCAAAGAUUUGGUUAGUGACAAGUUUGAAAAUUGGUUCUUGUUCUCGGUUUAUAUUUCAUGGGCUCUUUACUUUUCUGCAAUGGUUUUUGUCAAUAUUUUGAUAUUAUUCUUGAUUUGGAAUUAUUUGAGAAGAUUUUACAGAACUGAGCACAUUAUGACAUUACCAAAGAAGGAAACCAAGAAACAGCAACGUUCCAUGUUGGUCAACCUAUCACUCUUAAUGCUUCCUUAUGCAUUUUGUGGAUUAUUUGAGUUGUCUUUCUGGUAUUAUAAUGCAAUUCAAAUUGCAACUGAAGAAGAGGAAGCAUACUAUUACACUGUAAUAUUUUACAAUUUCUUCUUUAAUGUAAUAGUGCCGUUGAAGGGAUUUUUCAUUGCACUCAUCUUAUUAUUGAGCUCGACUGCCAUUAGAAAGAAGGUCAAAUCAAUUGUGUUAUGUCAAUUGUGUUUCAGAGCUUCUACGAGUACCUCUCAAUCCAAGAGAUUUAACACAACAUUUAUUGAAAGCUUGUUAAUUCCAGAAGACACCCCAGCGGAUGAAACAAAUCACUUGGAAGAUGUUAAUAAUAAUCCUUCUUCUGGAAUAUUGGAAAUUGAACAAGAUUAG